AUGAGCUUCAAUCUCCCCCUCCGGCCGAGCUCCAGCAGUAUACGGAACCAGGCGAGCAGGAGCAGUUACUUUACAAAUUACACGCCUAGUUCAUCCACCGAAGCCGUUAACGGCCCUCCUCAACGCCAGCCCACUCGGGAGCUGUUUGGCACGACCGAUCGGCUGAUUGUCGGUGUCGACUUCGGAACCACGUUUUCAGGUGUCGCUGCCGUAUACACAUCAACCCCAGACGAUGUCGAAAUCAUCAAGACCUGGCCUGGCGGUAACGGCAUCACCUCGGACAAGGUGCCUACGGAGAUAAGCUAUGACUUCCCCCCAAACACGCCCGAGGGCACAACUCCUACUGUGAAAUGGGGGUUCCAGUUCAAGCCUGAAGAGUCGCGUCUUCGCUGUAUCAAGCUCUUCCUCGACCGCUCACAGAAACUGCCCUUUUACGUGAGCCCGCUGGAAACAGCUGCUCAGCUGAAGCGCUACAACAAAAACGUCCUCGACGCCGUGAGCGACUAUCUUACCCAGAUCUACAAGCACACCAUGGACACUCUGACCCGAAGAUACGGCGAGUCCUUUAUGGCAUCUACAAAAGUCGAAUUCGUCUUGACUUGCCCAGCCGUGUGGUCUGACGCCGCAAAGAACACGACGCUUCAGGCGGCCGAACGAGCGGGUAUGGGAUCAAUGUCAGAGAUCCAAAUGAUCAGCGAACCGGAAGCCGCUGCAGUGUACACGUUGAAGGCGAUCCAGCCGAACCACCUCAAUGCUGGUGAUAACUUCAUUGUGUGUGACGCUGGUGGUGGAACUGUCGAUUUGAUUGCAUAUAAAAUCAUUUCGCUCAAGCCGCUGAAAGUCGAGGAAUCGGCUGUGGGUACUGGCGGCCUCUGCGGAAGCGCAUUUCUGAACUACAGGUUUGAAGAACAUGUCAAAAAUAAGCUUGGCCAUACCAGAUUUGAUGAGAUGAUGCACAAGAAACAAAAGACAUGGCAGAUGGGUCUCAGAUAUUUUGAAGAAUUUGUGAAGCGGAAUUUCAAUGAGGAUGAGCACCAGGAGGUCAACGUGCCAUUUCCAGGGUUGCCGGACGAUGAGGAUGCCGGUUUGGACUGUGGGUUCAUGAUCAUGACGGCGGCAGAAAUCAAGGAAAUUUUUGAGCCUGUUGUCAAGGAGGUUUGCGACCUUGUCCAGGGCCAGGUCGAUGGCAUUCGCAAGGAUGGAGGCGUUGUUUCUGGCAUCGUGCUAGUGGGAGGAUUUGGCCAAAGCGACUAUCUCUACCGAAGACUCAAGUCGCAUUUCAAUAGCUCCGCGCCACCGCCAUACACUGAAAGACCGACUCACGGCACCUUGACUUCAAUGCAAGAGACGGCUUCGAUCGAAGUGAUGCAGCCAGUGUAUGCCUGGACGGCUGUCGUGCGCGGCGCAGUGUUGCGAGGGCUUGAGGGAAACAUGGUGAUCUCAAGAAAAGCGCGAUACCACUACGGUACAUCAUAUGCAACUGUGUACGACGAGGAGAAACAUUCGGUCAGUGAGCGGUACUGGUCGCCGCUAUGGGAGCGAUGGAUGGUGUCAGACCGUAUGCAGUGGCACAUUGCAAAGGGAGAAGCCAUAUCGCCUCUUGAACCCAUUGCCUUCCACUACACUCGAAACUUCCGACCAGGGCAGUCGUUGACAGUGACCGACGACCUUAUUGCGUGUGAAGCUGACGAUCCGCCAUCGGCGUACACCCGUGACCUCAUCCAUGUGUGCACACUUACAACGGACCUUGCAGCGGUGCCGAGGAGUCUGUUUACGCGCUUAACAACAACACGAGGUGUUGAGUUUGACAAUCUCGAUUUCACGCUGGAAAUGAUUGUUGAUAGUGCCGGUUUGGGCUUCGAACUCAAGGUGGAUGGUGUCAGGUACGGACGUGUUGACGCUGAGUUCCAUUAA